GUAGGAUGUUCAAGGUCACUGUCUGUGUCGGAGCUGAGAUUGACGCCAGGAAGUAGUCGGUGCCAUUUUGUAUAAUUCCUUCAUGAUCCUUUUGGCAUUGCUGAUCAUCGUCGGUUAUGCUUCGUCAAAAACCACGAUAACCCCACUUUAUCGUUCUCUGGAAGUUGAUCAAACUGGACGAUUCGAGUGUACCACAGACUUAACUGGUGCAACUUUAACAUGGAAGCUCUUAGACUCGGAGAAUCUUCCUGAUGGUAGCAGUUCGGCUGACGGGCGCUUUCUCAACAAAGGUGGGGUUCUCAUAAUGGAGCGCCUACUCUUAAAUGAUUCUGGUUCUUAUCAAUGUUUGGACGAUGUGAACAUUUCAGAGGAAGAUUCGGAGGACGUGGCAUCGGCCACUUUAAAAGUGUUUGUGAUGCCUUCCUACAUGGUCGAAGGCAUUGUCGCUCUCGUCGUCAACUUGAUUCUCAUUCUACUUUUCAUCGGAUGUAUUGUGCACAAUAACCGUCAGCAACGUUUGAGAGACAAAUUUCCAUCGUUGUAUUAA